ACUUGACGGCUAUGAUGCUGCGUUCGGCUGGUCCCAGGAAGGAGGCAUCCAUCUGGUGUCUGCCUGUGAGGUGCUGUUUCCACGGACUGUGAACAAACUGCCGGUCAGACAGCGAGCUGAGAGCCGUGAGGAGCAGCAGGAGCCCCGCAGAGGAGAUCUAUAGCCAUGUCUUCCAGCUCAGCAAUGGCACGAAUUCUGAUAAAAGGUGGCAAGGUGGUGAACGAUGACUGCACCCAGGAAGCCGACGUCUACAUCGAGAAUGGCAUCAUCCAGCAGGUGGGCAAGGAGCUGAUGAUCCCUGGCGGGGCCAAAGUGAUAGACGCUUCAGGGAAGCUGGUCCUCCCAGGUGGGAUUGACACCAGCGUUCACCUGCAAGAGAGCUUCAUGAACGCCACCACAGCGGAUGACUUCUACAGCGGCACCAAGGCGGCUUUAGCCGGUGGUACAACUAUGGUGAUAGGCCAUGUCCUCCCAGAGAAGAACGAGUCUUUGCUGGAAGCUUUUGAAAAGUGCCGCAGCCUGGCAGACUCCAAAACCUGCUGUGACUACGCCCUGCAUGUGGGAGUUACUUGGUGGGGACCUAAGGUCCGGGCUGAGAUGGAGAUGCUGGUGAGAGACCACGGCGUGAACUCCUUUCAGAUGUUCAUGGCCUACAAGGACACGUACAUGCUGAGAGACAGCGAGCUCUUCCAGGUGCUGCAAAAUUGUAAGGACAUUGGAGCCAUAGCAAGGGUCAUGGCUGAGAAUGGGGAACUUGUGGCAGAGAGUGCAAAGGAAGCGUUGGACCUGGGUAUCAGUGGGCCAGAGGGGAUUGAAAUCAGUAGACCUGAAGAGUUGGAAGCAGAAGCGACGCACAGAGCAAUAACCAUUGCCAACAGGGCUCACUGUCCAAUGUAUCUGGUCAAUGUGUCCAGCAUCUCUGCAGGAGACGUCAUUGCAACAGCCAAGAUGCAGGGUAAGGUGGUCUAUGGGGAAACAACCACAGCGCAUGCUGUUCUGAGCGGUAUGCAGUAUUAUCAUCAGGACUGGGCCUACGCUGCUGCCCACGUUAUUGUACCACCACUCCGCGUGGACCCAAAUACACCCAAUUUCUUAAUGAGUCUACUGGGAAACGAUACUUUGAAUGUUGUGGGGUCUGAUCACCGUCCGUUCACCAUCAAACAGAAAGCCAUGGGCAAGGAUGAUUUCACAAAGAUCCCCCAUGGUAUUCCUGGUGUUCAGGACCGUAUGAGUGUCAUUUGGCAGAAAGGAGUGAUUGGUGGCAAAAUGGAUGAGAACCGCUUUGUAGCAGUCACAAGUUCUAAUGCAGCCAAGAUUUACAACCUCUACCCAAGGAAAGGCAGGAUCAUCGCAGGAGCAGAUGCUGAUGUGGUGGUCUGGGACCCCGAGGGAUCCAAGACCAUUUCUGUAGAUACCCAAGUCCAGGGAGGAGAUGUAAACUUAUUUGAGGGUCUUCGUUGUCAUGGUGUGCCCAUUGUUACCAUCAGUCGCGGGCGUCUUGUCUAUGAAAAUGGCAUGUUCACAUGUGCUGAAGGUUCUGGGAAGUUUUACCCCCUGAGAACCUUCCCAGAUUACCUUUACAAGAAGAUGGUUCAGAGGGAAAAGAGUCAGGCUGUGAAAGCUGUGGAUCGAGAGCCUUACACAGGGGACGUUGUUGCAUUGGCCAACUCAGGAAAGAGGGACUUUGGCGCUCCAGAACUGGACACCCCAACACGCCCAAGCACCAGGCACGGGGGCAUGAGGGACCUCCAGGAAUCCAGCUUCAGCCUUUCAGGUGCCCAGAUCGAUGACAACAUUCCAAAGAGAUCCUCGGCAAGGAUCCUGGCUCCUCCUGGAGGGAGGUCCAGUGGAAUCUGGUAACCAAUGAGAAAGCACGACAACUGAGUGAAAGAAUAUCUGAGGGAAACGUACUGCCAAGCAAGAUGUUGUCUGUUUCUUUUUGAAUGCUUAGAAUAAGUUUGGUGUAAAGGAGUCGUGUUUACCAUUUGAACUCUGUGCAUUUAAUCAGGACUUUGUGAAACUUUACAUUGCUGUAAUAAUAUUGGAAAAUGAGUGAAGGAAGUAAAUUUCACACAGACAUGGGCGUAGGAACUUGAGGGUGCAGUCAUUGGGUCGUGCUCCCCACCUUCUUCUUGAAGUAUGAAUUUUACUAAUUAAUAUGAAUAAGAUGUUCUUUAGACUACAG